AUGAACAACUCCACGGGCGUUACACCGCGGGUGACCUUAGGCUGGGGUCCGCUGGAACUGCUUAAUCUGGCCAUCGCCCUGCUCGGCACGCUCCUCAACGGCGGGAUGAUCCUCCACCUUAUUUUCCGCAAAUCCACGCACACCCCGUUCACUGUGUAUUUAAUUAAUUUAUUGUUAAGCAACCUGGUCAAAACCGCGGGUACUAGUUUAGCCAACGCGCUACUAUAUGUUUCUCCGGUGUUUCACUAUAGCCACGCCGCGUGUGAUUUUUACAUGAUGACCUCGUAUUUCUCCAUGGCCGGGAUGAUCCACACCCACGUCCUGAUUUCAUGUAACCGCCUGUGGGCGGUUACCUACCCGCACGCUUACCGUACCCGCCACACAACCCCCGUGGCGGUGGCGGCGUGCGCCGGGAUGUGGCUGUACUUAGCGAUCAUGUUAUUACCGCAGUUGAUCCGCGAUUCCCUGUACUUCCGCUGGCCGAUGGAACUGUACAACCGGUGUCUGUUGAACAUCGACGCGCAACGUUUCCUCAUCACGACGAUGCAGUUGGUGGUGUAUGUCCUCCCGGAGAUGUUCGUGUUGGUGACCUUUCCGUUGAUCUGGCGUAAACGGAAGUUGACCGCCCAGCGGGUGGCGCCGACGGUGACCGGGAAGACCGUUAGUAAAGCGGUGAGUCGCGCGGACACGGAUUCGGACGGGGAGUCGCUGGCGCCGGCGGCGGGGACUUCCGGCGGAAGUGGGAAGCGGCGGACGCGGAGCAUGACGGUGUUCGUGAUGUUGAUGGUCAGUAUGUUUAUCUGCUGGACGCCGCUGCUGCUGCCGACGUUCGUGGCAUGCUUCGUCGAUUUCAAGAGCAGCGCGUACUUCCGCGUGACGACGCUGUUGUUCACGGCGGAAGCGAUUAUCGAUCCGGUGCUGUUCGCGCUGGUGUUUGUUGACGGGGUAUGGCGACGGGUCAGCCGGAUGUUUCGUUUCGUCAGCUAA